AUUGAAAGAUGUCUCAGUGAAAGUGAAAACAAACGUUAUUCCAGCCACACAUCCCUGGCAAAUGUGUCUAAUGAUGAAAAUGAGGAGAAAGAGAAUAACAGAGCAUCCAAACCACACUCUACCCCAGCAACUCUGCAAUGGCUGGAGGAGAAUUACGAGAUUGCAGAAGGUGUCUGCAUUCCUCGAAGUGCCCUCUACAUGCACUAUUUGGAUUUCUGUGAGAAAAAUGAUACCCAGCCAGUUAAUGCUGCUAGUUUUGGAAAGAUAAUAAGACAACAGUUUCCACAGUUAACAACACGAAGAUUAGGAACCAGAGGCCAAUCAAAGUACCAUUACUAUGGCAUUGCAGUGAAAGAAAGCUCCCAGUAUUAUGACGUGAUGUAUUCUAAGAAAGGAGCAGCCUGGGUCAAUGAAACAGGAAAAAAAGAAGUAAUCAAACAGACAGUGGCAUAUUCACCACGAUCCAAACUUGGGACGUUGCUGCCAGAAUUUCCAAAUGUCAAAGAUCUAAAUCUGCCAGCCAGCUUGCCAGAAGAGAAGGUAUCUACUUUUAUAAUGAUGUACAGAACACACUGUCAAAGGAUACUUGAUACUGUAAUAAGAGCCAACUUUGAUGAGGUUCAAAGUUUUCUUCUGCACUUUUGGCAAGGGAUGCCACCUCACAUGCUUCCUGUCCUGGGUUCUUCCACUGUAGUAAAUAUAGUUGGAGUUUGUGACUCAAUAUUGUAUAAAGCUAUUUCUGGAGUUUUGAUGCCAACAGUCUUGCAAGCAUUACCUGAUAGCUUAACACAGGUGAUCCGCAAAUUUGCCAAGCAACUGGAUGAAUGGCUAAAGAUAGCUCUUCAUGACUUGCCUGAAAAUCUACGAAAUAUCAAGUUUGAAUUAUCCAGAAGAUUUUCUCAGAUUCUUCGGAGGCAGACAUCAUUAAACCAUCUAUGUCAGGCAUCAAGAACUGUGAUCCACAGUGCAGAUAUUACAUUCCAAAUGCUGGAAGACUGGAGGAAUGUGGAUCUUAAUAGUAUCACUAAACAAACACUGUACACCAUGGAAGAUUCGCAAGAGGAGCACAGGAAACUUAUAAUGCAAUUAUAUCAGGAAUUUGAUCACCUUUUGGAAGAGCAGUCACCCAUUGAAUCAUACAUCGAAUGGCUGGAUUCCAUGGUGGAUAGAUGUGUUGUGAAGGUAGCUGCAAAAAGACCAGGUUACCUGAAGAAAGUGGCCCCGCAGUUCCUCUUGAUGUGGUCCUGUUUUGGCACAAGAGUAAUUCGGGAUAUGACUUUGCAUAGUGCCCCUAGCUUUGGAUCUUUUCACCUUAUUCACCUGAUGUUUGAUGACUAUGUGUUGUACUUGCUAGAAUCACUCCACUGCCAGGAGAGAGCCAAUGAGCUGAUGAGGGCGAUGAAAGGUGGCAGUGGAAUAGUUGAAGUACGAGAAGAUACCAUAGUGGCAGAUCCUGUCCCAUCGAGUCCCUCCCCUGUUGCUUUCUCUCCAGCGAAAUCUGCCACCUCAGUGGAUGUUCCAUCCGUUCCCUCUCCUAUAACCAGUCAAUCCCCAGAGUAUGCUGGCUUAGCAACCACCACAGGGGCCAUGCAGUCCUAUACAUGGUCUCUCACAUAUACUGUAACUACAGCUGCUGGAUCACCUGCUGAAAACUCUCAACCGCUGCCUUGCAUGAGAAGUCCUCACGUUCCUCAUUCAUCUGUGACACACAGGAUACCUGUUUAUCACCCCAGAGAAGAGCAUGGGUACACAGGAAGUUACAACUAUGGUACUUAUGGAAACCAGCACUCCCACCCGAUGCAGAGCCAGUAUCCAUCUUUACCACACGACAGCACUAUUUCUGCACCUCUCCAUUACUCAGCUUAUCACAGAAACUCUUCACAGUACCCUUUCAAUAGCCCGUCUUCACGGAUGGAGCCCUGUUUGAUGAGCAGCACCUCAAGAUUGCAUCCAUCUCCAGUUACACCUCGCUGGCCAGAGGUGCCCUCGGCAAACCCUUGUUAUACAAGUCCACCAAUGCAUUCCACAAGAUAUGGAAAUUCCAGUGACAUGUACACCCCAUUAACCACACGGAGAAAUUCUGAAUAUGAGCACAUGCAACACUUUCCUGGCUUUGCCUACAUCAAUGGGGAAGCAACCACAGGAUGGGCAAAAUAA